AUGACGGAAGCAACCACAGUCACAUCAUUCGAUAACAUUACAAACAAUGUUCACGGUACGAAUAUUACUUACACGGCAAAGGAACAGGUAACAGCUUAUGGUUCACUAUAUAGCAUGGCUUUGUUUUGUAUUGUUGUCGGUAGCGUUCGUUCUUUGUAUUUUGUGCAGAAACACAUUCGUAAAAAGCGGCUCAUAGAAACUUCGAUUACAAUGAAGGAAGCUAAAAAAUUUCCAUUUACUGCAUCAUGUGUUCUGUUUGGGCUGUAUAUAUUUUUUAAAUGUGAUACAGAAUGUCGACAUAGAAUAUAUUUAAUGAUAAGUAGUUACUUACCUUCGCAACUUUCGUCACGUUUCGAAAUUCUUCUGUCACUAACUAACGCCGCAGAUAUACCAGUACGAGCAGAAACUCCAUCAAAAACAUUGUUACAGAAAGCAAUGCAGUUGUCAUUUGUUAAUCGAACCAAUAUAAUGUAUUUGCUGCUAUUAUUGUUAUGUUGGGAAGGAUGUAUUGCGCUGGCGACCAUUUCGAAGCCGUUUUUUACAUAUCUGCUUCGCAAACUUCCUAUUGGCAAUCGUGAACCAAGGAUGAAUUAUUCUUAUUUUUGGUCUUUAAAAAAGAGUAAAGUAGAGCUGGAGGAGGGUGAUAUUGAGGAAGCAUCAAAUGAUGAUUGCGAAUAUCUUUUGAAAAUUGAGUGGGAUUCUCAUGAUGUUAUGGCCAUACUAUGUUGUUUGUGCGUGGGCAUUUCACAUGUUUACAGAAGACACUGGCUAACUAAUAACAUACUUGGUGCUGCUUUCUCGAUUUAUGGUAUUGAAAGUAUACAUUUAUGUAGUUUUAAGGCAGGAACAAUGUUGUUAGCAGGACUGUUUAUUUAUGAUAUUUUUUGGGUAUUCGCAACAGAUGUAAUGACAACAGUUGCGAAGGGUAUUGAUGCUCCUAUCUUGCUUCAGUUUCCACAAGAUAUUUAUCGUCAAGGAUUUUAUAGCGCUGAGAAGUUUGCUAUGCUUGGCUUAGGUGAUAUUGUAAUACCGGGAAUUUUUAUUGCUUUACUUCGACGAUUCGAUCAUUCUGUUGGUGCGCGAAGUAAGUGCAAGAAGCCACGUUAUUAUUUUUUCGUAACUACGCUGGCUUACGGUCUUGGUUUAAUGAUUACAAUGGGAGUAAUGCAUUUCUUUAAAGCUGCACAACCAGCGCUCCUUUACCUGGUUCCGGCAUGUGUGCUGGUUCCUUUAUCAGUUGCCAGUUUCCGUGGUGAAGCUCGUGAAAUGUUCAAUUACUGUGAGGAACAUCUAACGGAAAAGAAAACUAACUUAAAAUCUUUGAAGAAUGAAAAGAAAAUUAAAUAA